AUGCUCGGGUACAGCCUGCUGCUCACCGCCGCGUACCUCAUUAACGCGGCGACCUACUGCGCCCAGCACCUGAAGGGGCUGAGCUACUCCAACGUGGGGACCAAGUCCACCAAGGUGGGCGAGUCGGAUGUGUACGUGGGUCGCGAUGAGCGCAAGGACGCCCACCUGCACCAGUACACCCACAUCUUCCCGCUGCUGUAUGAAAAGGCCCAGUCGAGGGGAGACAAGGUAGCCAUCACAGAGCUGGAAGACUGCGAAGUAAAAAGGGAAACCACCUGUACAGAAUUAUUCCAACGGGCUCUAAGCUUAAGUCAUUAUUUUAGCACAGAGGAUGGAGGCAUCCCGAUGAAGAAGUACGACGAAGAUUGCAACAAUGGGAAUUUUAAAAUUCUGGGGAUCUACGGAGCGAAUUCAGCCAACUGGUUGACAGCGGACCUCGCGUGCAUGGUUAUGGGAGCCACGUCCCUAGUGAUGCAUUCGAAAUUUAGCCAAGAUGAAGUGGUUGAAAUAUUAAAUGAAAGCAAACUGGAGUGGCUAUGCAUUGACCUCAACCUGGUAGAUGCGCUGCUGGAGAGGAAGAAGGACCUACCCUUUUUAAAAAAACUGCUCAUUUUGGAUACCCUUCCUGAUAGCACCAAUAAAGGAAAGCGAGUGAACCGCCCAGGGGCCCCCGCAGAAACGGAGGAGCAGAAGGAGAAAAGAGAAAAAUGGGAAAAAGCGGAAAAGGAAAAUUUAGAGCUGUAUAAAAAAUUGAAGACCAAAGCAGAAGGGUUAGGCAUGACCAUGUGCCAGAUAAACGACUUAACAAAGAAGAAGAUAACAAAAUACAAAGUGAAGGAAACAGAUCCUGAGCAUAUUUCCACCAUCGUAUACACUUCGGGAACUUCAGGAAAACCAAAGGGAGUUAUGUUAAGCAAUAGGGCCCUCUACUUCACGGUCGUACCAGUGAGCAAGUGGAGCAUUUUCCUAAAAUUCAACCCGCAGCACCACUUCUCCUAUCUCCCCCUAUCGCAUAUUUACGAACGGUCUAUAGCCUACCUAAGCCUAUACAGAGGAAUGCAAAUACGCAUAUGGAGCAAAGACAUUUCGCUCUUUUCAAAAGAUCUCAGUCAGUGCGGUGCGAACAUCGUUGUGGGUGUCCCCAAGGUGUUCAACCGACUGUACACCACCAUCAUGGCUGAGAUUGCCAAGUUACCCCCUCUUAAGCGAUUCAUGGUGCAGAAAAUUCUGGCCAUGCGAAGAAGCAACAACCACGGAGGGUUCUCUCAGUUCCUCGAGGGCAUGACCCACGUGUCUCAAAAAAUCAGAGACAAAAUCAACCCUUCCUUGGAGGUGUUCUUCAGUGGAGGUGGAAAGAUAUCCCCCAAUGUGGAAAGAGACCUAAGCGUUUUACUUAACGUACACUUUUACCAAGGGUAUGGUCUCACGGAGACAAGUGGCCCCAUCAUUGUGCAGCACCAGACGGAUGAUAGAACGAAUAGCAUUGGAGGACCCAUCUCUCCACAUGUAGAAUACAAAGUGGUUACCUGGGAAAAGUACGAUGCGAAGGGGAACCCACCAAGAGGAGAACUCCUCCUAAGGGGACAGCAACUAUUCAGUGGGUACUUCCUCCGAAAAGAACAAACGCAAAAUGCAUUUACAGAAGAUAAAUUUUACAAAACAGGAGAUGUUGUGCAGGUAGGUAAGGACGGGGCUAUUACCUUCUUAGACAGAUCCAAGGGGCUAGUAAAACUAUCACAAGGAGAGUACAUCGAAACGGAUAUGCUCAAUAAUUUAUACUCUGACAUUGAUUUUAUAAACCACUGUGUUGUGUAUGGUGACGACUCCAUGGAUGGACCCCUCGCCAUCAUCAACGUAGAUAAGGACUUAUUUGCAAAGUGCUUAGAAAGAGAUGGGGUUCUAAAAUCACAGGGCAUAUCCGCCGAUGCCUUUUUAAAAAAUCUAACCGACGAAAAAUUGAAUAAGGAGGAGUACGUCAAAUACGUGCGGGGAAAAAUGCUCGAGAUGUACAAGACCACCAAUUUGAAUCGAUACAACAUUGUGAAUGACAUCUACCUCACCUGCAAAUUGUGGGACACCUCCAACUACCUCACGCCCACCUUCAAGGUCCGCACCUUCUACGUCUUCAAUGACUUCAAGUUCUUCAUCGAGAAAAUACAGAAGACGUACAAGGAUAAGAUGAAGGGCAAGAGUAAGUAG